AUUUCAAGCCCAACUCGACAGAGACCUAGAAGUCUACGUCGACGACAUAUGGUCAAGAGCUUCAAGAUAAAGGAUCACCUAAUCGACCUGGUGGAAACAUUUAACAACUUGAGGAAACACAAUAUGAGGUUGAACCUAGCAAAAUGUGUCUUUGGUGUUGAAUUUGGUAAAUUCCUAGGAUUCAUGGUUUCUAGGAAGGGGAUAGAAGUCAACCCUGAGAAGAUAAAGGCAAUAGAGGAGAUGAAACCACCAAAGUCAAUUAAAGAUGUGCAAUGCCUAACUGGAUGGGUAACAGUUCUGCACAGGUUCAUCUCGAAGUCGGUGGAUAAAUGCUUGUCUUUUUUUAAAAUCCUAAGGUUUGUUGCCCAGAAAGAUGAAGCGGGGAAGCCCAAAAAGUUUGCAUGGACCUCGAAGUGUCAAGCCGCCUUCAAUGAGCUCAAGGCUUACCUCAGUUUGCCACCUCUACUAACCAAGGCUGAAGAAGGCGAGAUCCUUUACCUCUACCUCGAGAUAUUUGACACAGUUGUAAACUCAGUCUUGAGUGCACUUCUAGUCAAGAGAGUGUCAACUCUGAAGCUAAGCUCUGGACCUUUUAUGUUAACGGGUCAUCUAGCAACAAGGGGUCAGUUUUACAAUGACUCCCAGCUUGUAGUCAACCAGGUAAAUUCUACAUGUAAGGUCACAGAUCUUACCCUAGUCAAGUACUUAGCUAUGGUUUCUGAACUGAAGUGCCAUUUUGAGAGAUUUCAGCUCACAAAAGUCCCAAGAGUAGAAAAUGCGCAUGUGAUGGAAAUCAAUGUUGGUCCUGAAACUCCUAGCUGGACAAACCCCAUCAAGGCCUAUCUCCGAGAUGGAAUUAUCCCAAAUGAUAAACAAGAAGAGAUGAAGUUGCGAAGAAAGGCAUCUUGAUACAUCUUAGUUGAUGAUGUCUUGUCUAAGAGGUCAUACUCGCUUCCUCUUCUUCGGUGUUUGACGUCAUAUGAAGCUGAGUACACUUAAGAAAAGUCUAUAAGGGUG